GGUCCAGGUGCGGCCGUAAAUUCGUCGCGCACUAAUUAUAUCGCAUGGGGGUGCCGGGCGGCGUCAGUCGAGCACACACAUGCGAGCUAUGCGGCAGGCGGUUCAGCAACCGCAAGGUCCCGUACCAGCACUUACGGCACCCGGACUCGUGGGACGCCAUGUGCCCUUAUUGCGAUCGGUACUUGGGCGACGGUCACGCGCUACUGAUGCACGUCCACCGCCGCGCAGCCAAUUUGGUUAGUAUCGAAGCCAGGGGGUCUAUUCUCAAACGUAUCGAACCACGCUUUCGAUCAAUAGUUGAUCGAAAACAACUUUGAUUUCGAUUGAUAACAAAAAUACUAUUCUCAAACCGCUUUCGAUCAUUAGUUCGAUAGGAAUAUUCGACAAUAUACAACGAUAGUGAAUUUGGUGUCGAAAACUGUUUUCGACACACAAUUUUCACUGUAAUCAACUAAUUUAUCAGUUUUUUCAAUUUAUUGUUCGUACUUGUAUCGUAUUUAGUAUUAUAAUCUAUAAUUAAUAAUUAAAAGAGUAUAGUUCGCGAACGAGAAUGAAUGUUUAAAUAUUUAUCAUGGCAUUUGAUGACGAUUUUGAGAUUUACAAUAUAAUGCAAAUUAAUGAAUUAGAAAUUCAAAACGAAAUUAAUAUUACUAAUGAAGUAAGACGAGUUAUGAAACAAGAAGAUCCUUUUGCACUCUCUGAACAACAGUUUAUUGGUACUUAUCGUUUAAGUAAGGUGCUUGUACAAAAGUUAAUGGAUGAGUUAAGUCCUUUCAUGUCAAGUCCGUCAACAAUUACUGGACUAAGUAUUCAAAGAAAGUUAUUAACAGCUCUCAGAUUUUUUGCGAGUGGAAGUUACCAGCAAGAUAUAGGGGAACACAGAGGUGCUGCUGUAAGUCAAGCUUCAGUUAGUAGAUGCAUUACUGAAGUAGCUAAUGCUUUAAAUGUUCCAGAAAUACUUAAUAAAUAUAUACAUUUUCCGAGUACUAUUGAUGAACUCAAAGAAGUUCGUUUAGGGUUUUAUGAAAAAUUUGGAAUACCUGGAGUCGUUGGUGUCAUUGAUGGGACUCAUAUUGCCAUUGUACCACCUAAGUCUGACGAGCCUAUUUAUCCAGAACAUGUAUAUAUUAAUAGAAAAGGGUAUCACGGUAUUAAUACACAAUUGGUAUUUGGUCAUUUAAAGCAUGAUAAUAUUAUUUAAUAUUUCAGAUAAAAAAUGUUGUAAAUAAAAUAAUUUAUACUAUGUUUGAUAAAGAUUUGUGAUUCAAACCUCCAAAUUUUGAAUAUAUGUGCCAAAUUUCCAGGAAGUACACAUGAUAGUCAUAUU